AUGGAGCUGCUGCCCCGCAGCCCCGGCGAGUUCGGAUCGGCCCGGUACUGGGAUCGGUUCUUUCGGCAGCGCGGCCAGCGCCCCUUCGAGUGGUACGGGGCUUUUCCGGAGCUCUGCCCCGUCCUGCACAAGUACAUUAGGCCCCGCGACAAGGUUCUGGUGGUGGGCUGUGGGAACUCGGAGCUGAGUGAACAGAUGUAUGACACGGGGACGUGUGAGGAUAUUGUGAACAUCGACAUCAGCGACGCAGUGAUCCGUCAGAUGCAAGAGCGGAGCGGGAGCAAGAGACCCAAGAUGAGCUACCUGGUGAUGGACAUGUUCCAGAUGGACUUCCCUGAUGCCGAGUUCCAGGUGGUGCUGGACAAAGGCACACUGGAUGCCAUCCUCACUGAUGAAGAGGAGGCUACUCUAGUCAAGGCGGACAAGAUGUUUGCUGAGAUCAGCCGGGUCCUGCAGGUGGGAGGGCGCUACCUCUGUGUCUCAUUGGCUCAAGCCCACGUGCUGAAGAAAGCAGUGGAAUACUUCUCCCAAGAAGGCUGGGUCGUGCGUGUCCAUCAGGUAGCCAGCAGUGGGGACAAACAGCAGUUUGUCCUGCCCAUCUUUAUCUAUGUCAUGACAAAGUUCAGGAAAAUCCCGGGCUCGGCACCACAGAUCCUGGAGAUCUGCCCAGAGGAGCAGCAGAAGCCGAUGCGGGUGGAGAACACGGAGCAGCUGGUGGCAGCAGUGAGGGACAGGCAGCAUUAUGCCCUGCUCUGCAGCCAGCUGAGCAGAACACCCUGUGGGGAGCAGGUUCCCCUGGACCUGUGUGACAGAGAGAGUGGCAGGCCUCGCUACACGCUGCAUGUUGUUGACAGUCCCUCGGUGAAACCUUCCCGCAACAAUCACUUCGCCAUCUUCAUCAUCCCACAGGGCAGAGAAACUGAGUGGCUCUUUGGGAUGGAGGAAGGGCGGAAGCAGCUGGCCAUCAGUGCAGGCUUCAGGCGCUUGGUCACUGUGGCCCUGCACAGGGAGCAGCACUACGAGGACAUGGCUGGCAUCCAGGCGGAGCUGUCAGCGAAGGUGAUGGAGCUGGCCCCGCCAGGCCUCCCUACCCGGCAGCAGGUGCCCUUCCUGUCCAUGGGAGGGGACAUUGGGGUGCGGGCAGUACGGCACCGUGGCAGCAGCCCCCUGAGCGGGGAGUACAUUGUGGAGGACGUGAGAGGGGAUGGCAGCUGCCACUUCCGGCGCCUCAUCUUCCUCCACAGCAGGAACGUGGUGCAGUCAGAGGCUCGGCUGUUGCCCUCCCUGCCUCUCCAAGGCCAGAAGAAGCGGAGGAAGGACAAGAAGAAAGCCAACCCUGCUGAGCCACCUGCAGCCAUUGACAAGAGCUACCUGUGCUGUGAGCACCACAAGGCCAUGGUUGCUGGGCUCUGCCUGCUGGGGGGCCCCGACCCCCUCCCAGGAACCCCUCUGGCAGUGCUGGUGGUAGGGCUCGGUGGGGGCAGCCUGCCUCUCUUCAUCCACGACUACUUCUCACAGGCCCACGUGGCUGUGGUGGAGAUCGACCCUUCCAUGCUGGAGGUGGCUGUAGGCUGGUUUGGCUUCUCCCAGGGCGACCGGCUGCAGGUGCAUGUCUCGGAUGGCCUUGACUACGUGGCCAAGCUGGCAGCUGAAGCCCCAGCCCAGUAUGAUGCCAUCAUGUUUGAUGUGGACAGCAAAGACCUCACGGUGGGGAUGAGCUGCCCGCCUCCAGCCUUUGUGGAGAAGGCCUUCCUGCAGAAAGUUAAAACCAUUCUCAAGCCAGAAGGAGUCUUUGUGCUCAACCUGGUGUGCCGUGAUGCCCAGCUGAAGGAGUCUGUCCUGGCCACCCUCAGGGAGGUCUUCCCACUGCUCUAUGCACGCCGCAUCACAGGAGAGGUCAACGAGAUCCUGUUCUGCCAGCCCAGCCCCGAGGCCCGUUGGGACGCUGCAGAGCUGGGGGCUCGUGCCCAGGCACUUGAGGGGGCCCUGCGGCAGCCUGGGCGCCCCUGGGACAGCUCCUAUGUGCUGGCAGACAUGCUGCAGGCCAUCCAGAUCCUCUGA